CUGUGAUGGACUGAAACCCUGACCCAAGAAGGUCGGAUGAACUUGUACUUGGGAUUGAGCAGUGCUUCCCGAGUCAAUGCCAGGGAAAGACCCUUGCCGCUUUCAGACAAGACCUGGUGGUCAAGGUCCUCAGGCCAGCUUUCCUUCCUCCCUUCUCCCUGCUGGUCCCUGCCCCAGAGGCUCCCAAGCAUCUCUGAGCCUUGGAAGGCAUCCUCCAAGCUGCUUGUUCUCUGGAGAGCCUAUUCUAGAGGGUUGGUCUCUGGAGGAAACAUACUCAUUAAAUAAUAAUGAGUCAGCACCCCAUUUUUAAACUCAUCAAAGAUCUGGAUAAUAAAUGGGUGGAGCUUCUAGCCAUGGGAGCCGCUGGUGCUGGGGCAUGAACCUCCAGCCCAAAGUGAAGGAUAACGGGGGUAAAGACAGCUAGUGCUGGAGUGCAGGAGUGUGGAGUGAGUUCCCCGAGAGGCGGGUUGGCAAGACAGACCUCCACUGGGAUCUCCAGGAGGCUUUGGGGUCUAGGCAUCACGGGCUGCAGGCCACCUCCCUCUUCCUUCCUUCUGCUCCAGCAAACCCAUCCCAUCAGCAGCCUUUAUACGGGCCUCAUGCUUGGCCUAGUCCUUGCCUCUACCUCUUCCGUGCCCUGCGGUGCUCCCACCCCACCUGAAAAUGCGCUCUCUGCCAAAGUGUGCUCUUCGAAGGACUUGGAUCAUUCAAAUAGGCCCCAUGGCAUCCUUCCCUGUCCUGCAGAAAGAGAGAAUGUUUCAGUCCGGAACCCAUGCCUACAGAAUUCCGGCUCUGCUCUACCUGCCUCAGCACAAGACACUACUGGCCUUUGUGGAAAAGCGGAUGAGCAAGAAGGAUGAGCACGCAGAGCUGAUUGUCCUUCGAAGAGGAAGCUAUGAUGCAUCCACCCACCAUGUCCAGUGGCACGCUCAGGAAGUUGUGGCUGAAGCCCAGCUGGAGGGCCACCGGUCCAUGAACCCAAGUCCCUUGUAUGAUGAGAAGAUAGGAACCCUCUUCCUCUUCUUCAUUGCCAUCCCCGGGCAGGUGUCCGAGUACCAUCAGCUCCACACCAGGGUCAACAUGACACGGCUGUGCCAGGUCACCAGCAUGGACCAUGGGCAGUCCUGGAGCCCUGCCAGAGACCUCACUGACCCCGCCAUCGGUGCAGCCCACAAGGAAUGGGCCACUUUUGCGGUGGGUCCAGGGCACUGUCUGCAGUUGCAGAACGACACCCGGAGUCUGGUGGUGCCUGCCUAUGCUUACCGAAUCCUUCACUCCCUCCAGAGGCCUUCCCCUUUUGCCUUCUGCUUCAUCAGCCAUGACCAUGGGCACUCAUGGAUAAGAGGGAACUUUGUGGCCCAGGACACCCUAGAGUGCCAAGUGGCUGAAGUUGGGGGUGCAAACCAGAGGGUGGUGUAUCUGAAUGCCAGAAGCCCGCUCGGAGCCAGGGUCCAGGCCGAGAGUACCAAUGAGGGGCUCGACUUCAAGGAGGCCCAACCUGUGAAGAAGCUUGUGGAGCCUCCCCAUGGCUGCCAUGGGAGCAUCGUCAGUUUUCCCAACCCCCAUGCAGGCUCAGGAGCCUCAGACAAAUGGCUGCUCUACACUCACCCGACCAACCCGCAGCAGAGAGCUGACCUGGGUGUGUACCUCCACAAGGGACUCCCAGGUCCCGACACCUGGUCGGAGCCCGCUCUCCUGACAAAGGGCAGCUGCGCUUACUCAGACCUCCAGAGCAUGGGUAGUGGCCCCGAUGGGUCACCCCAGUUUGGGUGUCUGUAUGAAUCAGCAGAUUACGAAGAGGUCAUCUUCCUCAUGUUCACCCUGAAACAAGCCUUCCCGGGAGAAUUUUUGUCUCAGUGAGCCAGAGGGUGCAGUCCAGGAAGGGCUCCAGACGGAGAGGCCCACGGUGGCCCCUCUGGGCUCUGGAGACCAGCUCUUUGUUCUCUUCAUAGAGCGCGUGCAGACGCUUCCUGCUGGCCCUUUUCCUCCUUUGAUGUUUCAGUCCUUUGAAGGGAUUCAGUUCUCAUUCCAGAAGUUGAAGGAACUUGGCUUCCCACAGCCCCUUGACAGGGAAGGUGAGGACAGCAGUCACCCUGCAGGGCUCAGACUGCCUGCUGCCAGCCCCAGCUCUGUGCGGGUCUUGAUAAAUGAUGGAGUCCAGCCCAUUUCUAGAUGCUCAUCGGGUUCCUGGGGAAAGGCUGAGACAAAGAAUGUAAAUUAGCAGAGGGGUGUGUGUGUGUGUGUGUGUGUGUGCGCGCGUGCACGCGCAUGCACACAUGCACAUGUUUUCUCAGGGAUGCGUCAGAGGAGAUAGCAUGGGGCACAGCUUUGCGGGGAGGUAAGGCAGGUUGAGGAAAACUUAGAGUUAUCUAAGUCAUUGCGUUAGUUUCCCAGAGCUGCCAUAACAAAUCAAUACCAGCUUGGUAGCUUAAAACAACAGAAAUUUAUUCUCCAACAGUUCUGGAGGCUGGAAGUCCAAAAUAAAGGUGUCAGCAGGGCUGUACUUCUUCCAAAGGUCCUAGGGGAGACCCCUUCCUUGCCUUUCCAGUGUCUGGUGACCCCAGGAAUUCCUCAGCUCAUGGUUACCUACUUCCCUUUAAUGCCUCUGUCUUUGGGUGGCUGUCUCCCCUUCUCCUGUGUUUUCUUUUCUGUCUCUUACAAGAUACCUGUCGUUGGAUUUCUGGCACACCCAGAUAACCCAGGAUAAUCCUGCACUCAAUGAUAUUUGCAAAGCCUCCUUUCUAAAUCAUGUCACAUUCACUGAUUCUGAGGGUUAGGAAAUGGAUUUAUCUUUCAGAGCCACCAUUCAAUCCACUAAAGGCAUCAGAAAUGAUUCUGGUACAGGUGAUGUGGCCAAAGGUAGGAAUGAAAUUCAGAUUUCAGAAGAAUGAAGGGGAUAGGAGGGUCUGGGCUGUUGGAUGUGUGUCUGUGGCACAGAGCUGCUCUGGGGCAUCCAGUCUUUGUGAUGACAAGGAUGCCACCACGUGGAGGUGAAGAAAGAGUGAUGAGCAUCCUGUGCCUGUGUAGUCCUUGCCAUAUAGAAAGAGCAGGGAGAAGGCCACUCCCCAGUUGUCAUGAGGGUGAUAACCUGAGAGGGGAGUCCUGGGCAGAGGGGGCUGACAUAUCUCUGAUCUCUGGGGUCUUCAGGGGCCUUUGUCCUAUGUCCCUGUGGAAGAAUGGACUUGCCCCCUGCCCCCAUCAAGCCCCUCUUACCAAUUAGAUCAAUCUAAUAGUUGGGUGGCAGCAAUCAGUGACAAUAGUCAUGGGUUCUUGCAGUUGAGCCAUGUCUCCAGGUGGCCAAGCAGUGGUUAAAUGGAAUUGUCACAGUGCGGGGAGCUGGAGAUGUGGCUUCUGUUCUGGGUGUAUUUCCUGGCACUGGCCUCUUAUCUGGGUGCUGCCUCUCUGUGCAGGGGGAUUUAUGAAAUCCAGCUGGAAGGAUAAGGAAAUAGGGCCUGGUUAUUGCUGGGGUGGAAAGUAAGCCCCUGCUGGGGUUGAAAGACAGCCACCUGCUGUCUUCUAAACCCUGCAAGUUAGCUAUGAAGAGGGUCAGAGGCCUAGCCAAGAGAGAGAGGACAAGGGCAUGUCAGCCAGGGGCAGCAUAAUGUCAAGAGGUUUAGAGGUAUUGAGGCCUGAUAGUGUAUGAUCCAAAUGAGAACACUUUUGAAAGGAGGAUGUUAUUAAUAAUUAUACCAAGACCAUGGACAUCAGCCAGGACUAUCCCAGGCAAACUGAGAGCUUUAAGAGAGAAAGACCCAUUGGAGAUUGUAUCAGGAGCUGGCCUCUGCUAACUACCCUGGGAGAGUCAAUCAAUUAAGGGUCUUGAUGUGAGUUGGGAAUAGGAUAGGACAUCUGGACACUGCCAAGCUCCAAACAUUAUUCUCAUAGACUCUGUCCGUUCACAGAGGUCAGUGGGUCUCAGUUCCAGUGGGUCUCGAUUCUAACUGCUCAUUAGAAUUCCCUGGGGAGCUUUUACACCAUCAUGAUGCCUGGGCUCCACUCCUGACCACCUGAUUCAGAAUCUCUGGUGGUGGCACCCAGAGAUGAGUAUUGUUUUUUCAAAAACUCCUCAAGUUAUUCUAGUGAGCAUAAGGAUCAAGAACUGCUGGCACAGAUGGUCUCUAAAGUUCCUUCUACUUCUAAAUAUAUACAAACAUACAAGUCUUCUGACUUGAAUGAAAAAAAAAAUAACAGUUGAUUUGGUUAAAGCUGAACUGAUCUACUCAUUGAAAAAUGCCACUAAGAGAGUGAAAAGAAAAGCCAUAGAUGGUAGGAAGAUAUUUACAACACUUAUAUCUGACAAAGGACUUGCUUCCAGAAUAUAUAAAGAAUACCUACAAACCAAUAAAAAAAAGACUGUCUAAUUAAAAUGGGCAAAAGUCUUGAACAGGCACUUCAUGAAAGAGGGUAUCAUAAAGCCUGCUAAACACAUGGUCAUCAGAGAAAAGCAAAUUAAAACUAUGAGAUACCCACUAGAAUGAUCACAAUGAAAAAGACAGACAACAGCAAGUAUUGGCAAGAAUGGGAAGCAACCAGAAUGCUCAUGCAGGUCUGGAGGAAGUGUAACUGGUAUGACCACUUUGGAAAGCUGUUUGAUAGUGUCUAUUAAAUGAAUAUGUAAAUACUCUAUGACCCUGCUCUUCCACUCCGCAGUGCUCACCUGAGAGAAAUGAAUGUGUUUGACUGCCAAAGACACGUAUAAGAAUGUUCCUGGUAACUUCAUUCCUAAGAGUCCCAGAGUGGAAACUAUCUAAAUGUCAGUCGAAAAUAGAAUGGGUAUCUGAACUGGGCAAUAUUCACACAGUGGAAUAUUUCAGAAUAAUAAAAGAAUGAACCACUAUUGCACACAAUAACGUGAAUGGCUUUCCAGACAUUGUAUAUUGAAUGAAAGAAGCCAGAGUCAAAAGACUACCUUCUUGAUAACUCCAUUUAUAUAAGUUCCAAAAACAGGCAAAACAAAUCUAUGGUAAGUCAGGAAAGGGGCUAUUUCUGGUGGAGGAGAGCUGUUCACAGAGAGCUAGAAGGAAUCUUCUGGGUGCUUGGAAAUAUUCUGUUGUUUGAUCUGGUGCUAGUAGGAGGGUGAACCCAUACAUGAAAAUUCAAUAGGCUGUACACAUAAGAUUUGCAUACCUUACCGUAUCAUAGGCUAUACCAUGAUGAAAAAUAAAAGUUGAACAGAAUAGUAGAUUUGCUAGUUAAAUGUCCAAAUCAGUAUAUUACAUUGGGUUGUAAAACUCUGGAUCUAAGUUUUUAUAAUAAACUUUUUUGGGGAGAAUCAUUUUAGAUUUACAGAAAAGUUACAAAGAUAGUAUGGAGUGUUCCCAUAUACCCUACGCCCAGCUUUCCCUAAUGUUAACAUCUUAUGUAACUCUGGUACAUUUGUCAAAACCGGGAGAUUAAUACUGGCACACUACUGUUAACUAGACUCUGGACUCUAUACAGAUUUCACCAGUGUUUCUACUAAUGUCCUUUUCCUGUUCUAGGAUCCAAUCCAGGAUAUAUUUAGUACAUUUAGUGAAACUGAAUUUUUACUAUAAUUUGUGUCCAUGGAGACACACACAUACUCACACACUGACAGUUCCAGGAGCCCCUCCGCUCACCUCGUGAGGCCUGGGAGGGGAGAGGGCAUGGGGCAUGUCCCAGGUGGUCACCUUGGAAGGACCAGAGCCUGGCCCUGCAGAGAGGGAAAGCAGGGUGGUCUGCUAAACCCAGGGGUGCUGAUAGAGAAGAUCUGCCCCUCUCUGGAGAGACCCUCUCCCUGCACAAUGAGAUCAACACAGUGGCCACAUAGAGUAACUGGAACUUGUCCAUUCUUAGAAGUAAGCCCGCACGUCAAGAGAUAGAAUAUGUUAGCUUAUAGAGAUGGAUGUGAACUUGAAGUCUGUUAAGUCCAGCCUCCUUAGUUGAAAGGGGGUAAAAGCAGGUCCCAUGAGGUCCAAGACUUCCUCAAGGCCACAAGGUCAGUGGCAGGGCCAGGAGAGCAACUUGGUUUCUGAGCCUUCACCAGUGCCCCUGCAUCUGUUCUCAGUUGUGUCUUCUGUCCCCGUCUGACCAUCCAAGAAGUACAAAGGGGUCUGUAUGAUGAGGUUCUGGGACAUGGAGUUCUGCUUGGCCAGUCUCUAGAAUCUAUGCCCUUAGUCCUUGGUGCCAGGUCUCCCUGCCUGGCAUGGCCUCCCCAAUGAGGGUGGGGAGAAGGCAGCUCUGGUCUGCGGACUUGCCAGCUGGCACCUUCUAAGAAGGCAGAGACUCAUGCAGAGCCAAGAGGAGUCAGGAGAGCUCAGCUGUCCACACCCCUGCUCUGCGCUGUGAGAUUUCUGCACUGGGACCACACUGCCACCCGCACAAAUCCCCAUCCUGUGAAGAAGAAAGGAAGAAAUUCAGUACUUAAAUGUGAUGCUUUAAUCACACUGCCCAAAAGGUGAGAAAGCUGACUGUACUUUUGGCAAGGUGUCUGUUUUUCAAGUUCCAUUUUUGUACUGUUUUUAGGGGAGGGUUUCAGCGGAAUAGAUGCCAAACAUUUGGAAAUAUAAAGAGGCAAGGAAAAAAACCACCCGUAAUCCCACUAACCAGAGGCACAUUUUCUUCUGGUCUUUUAUCUGUGAAAUUUGCUGAGAUCAUGCUGCAGAAUCAAGGCGAGAUGGGGCUUCUUCUCCCCACUUGACAUUAUAGCUCAAGUAUUGCCUCCAUGUUCUAUUCUUGCAAAAGAUAAUAUGUCAAAGAAACAUACCGUGAGUUAUGUAAUCAUUCCUGAGUGUUAGAAACUGAAGUUACUUUUGCUUUUUUUCUGUUACACAAACACUGAGAUGAACAUCUUUGUGAGUAAAUCUUGGUCCUCCUCUGUGACUAUUCUGUAAACUGAAUCCCCUGAAAAGAAUUACUGAUCGAAGAUGAACAUUUGAAAUCUCUUGGAAUGUGUUGUUUGCAAAUA